CUCCUCCUUCGUGACGCUUUGCGACGUUUUGUUAAACAGUCGCAGCGGAUGAACGGAUACAGGAGCGCAAAGUUGCAGAACAAAAUCUUUUCCAGCGCGGGAUGCAGGAUUCAAUUGCGGGGGCCAGUCAAAGCGCCAGUCACGACCCAUGUCCCUCCCCACCUCGCAAGGCCCGCCCACCAUCCCGGUCACCCACCAGAUCAGAAGGAAAGCGCGAACUGCGGUAUAGGGAGCAUAGAAGAAGCGAAACUCCCCAGCGGGAUAGACCCACCAAAUCCAGCCGUCAUCGGGACAGAUCUUCAACCCCAGAGCGCAGGGGAUCCCGCUCGGACUACGGUCGUGAGUCAAAGCACAAACGCACCACCCGCUCACUCUCCCGCUCCCGCUCGCGAGACCGUACCGAUCGACGCCGCAACCGGCAGCGAACCGCCCCACGUGAUGACCGUUACCAGUCGUCGGGGCGUCAUCGAUCCCCGUCCCAAUCACGGUCGAGGUCAAUGGAGCGACGUGAUCGGCGUCGUCGGUCUUCUAGGUCGCCACCGUCACGGUACUCGACCGGUAAGGGCAGGAGGGACAGGUCCCGGUCUAGAUCGCGGUCGCCCUCGAGGCGGGAGAGGAGGCAGGAGAGGUCGCCGGGGGUGCGUCGUCGGUGAGAAUGAGUUGAUCAUUGGGGGUUGCCCUUGUGUAGUCUGCGGGUCUUUGGGAGCAGAGUAGGAUAGGAAAAGCGACACAUAUAGGCCUUUUCGUACUCCCAGAGGAAUGGGUCUGGCACGAUGGACACGGCAUGGUAAAAGCAGCCGCCCUCCUUCUGUUCUAAUACCUAUACCCAUAU